UUUCAUGGGCGAGGGCUUUGGACCAAGAGCCAAGCAGAAAAUAGCAAAGGCCCGUUGGCAGAGGUGCCUAUAGGACGUGGAAAGGAGACGAAAGGCAUUGAGAAAGCAGGAUUUGGUGUCCUCAUCGGUCAGAUAUAUCUUCGUUACACUGUGUACACAUUUCAACGCCGAUUACACUGAAGAUCUGGAGAUCCUGUCUAAAACUGGAUCAAACUCUUCCUCCUCCAGCUCUGAUGGGAUGUUAGUUUGCUGACUGCUGCGGCCCUGGUCAUUGUCAUCGUUAUAUGUGUUUGCUGUGGGUUGUGUCUCUGGAAUGCCUGGCUCAGGAUGCAGCCGCUGAGCAGUCCACUCCUUUCAGGAGCCAAGGUGAGGCGUGAUUGGCCGCUGGCCUUAUCUGGGUGGAGCUGUAGGAGGGAUAUUACUUAUUCAUUGGCACGUUCUGCAAGGCCCCUCCCACCUCACUGACGCUCUGCCCUUGGCCCCUGUUAGCUGCCUGUGUAUCUGGGAAUGCUGUUGUUGCAUCAGAGGGGCAGUGUUGGAGAUGGCCGAACUCGGGGGCUAAGGUCAGGGUCAAGAUUCAAGGGUCAACACAACUCAGAAGCUGCAGGGGUGGAUGUGGAAGGACCUGAAGCCAAGCUGCAGGCACCAACGGGCAUAAGCUGUAUGCACUGUGGAAAUCAGCUUGUUCUAACUCCACACCUGACCCCUGGAAACUAAAGCCUUUCAUCUAUGAGACGGGAAGCUUACUUUCACUUCCACAGCCUUGUUGCACUUGUUCAGACAUCCUAGAACUCUCUGGAGCUAGUGUCUUUAUUAUUUAACACUGCACAACUUCCCCUGAAACAAUCACCCAGCACAAACAAAGUCACUAUGCGUCACAUCCACGUGGAACUGGCUCGUAAAGAGCCGGCCGUUGAGCUUCCAGCCCAGGACGGGGAUCUACCUCUGCCUAGCACUCGGAGCGAGAGCCCUGAAUCUGAAGUACGGCGAGCCGUUCCCAGACCAUUUGGAGAAGAAGAGAUCAGGCUACAGAAGGUCUACCAGCUAUCCAUCCUCUCCCAAAGAGGUGGUUUCGGGGAAAGUCAAGAGACUCUUCGGCCUGUCCGAGUAGGUAUGAAACGUAGCCUGAAGGGGAUGCAGGUUCCUGUCGCCCAUAAGCGUCUUUUCCAACAGGAUGAGGAUGACGAUGAUGAUGAGUCCGAUGGGGAGGUGUUGUGUGGCUCUGGGGUGGAACCACUUUUUUCCAACUCGCUCCUUGAGCACAGAGACUCAGAAAUCCCUAGGUCGCCUCCCCUUUCCCCUUCGCAUCCACUGAUUCCUGGUCGCCGGCCAGCCCAGCACAACCACGACAGGCCCGUCCCGGAUGCCUUCGCCCCGCUGUCCCCAAAAUCUCCAAAAUCUCCCCCUAUGGUGGACCCACAGGGCCCUCACUCCACCAGGGGCCACUGUGAGGGAAGUCCUCCCACCCUUAAUCCCAGAACCGAGGCCUCCACAGCAGGAAACAUCCCGGCUGGCUCCAGCGAUGAGCCAAGGGACGAAGGCCAUAACUCUGUUGAUGUCAAGGGCUUGUUGUGCGCCACAGAGAGCAGUUGGGCGCCUGUCCCGUUUUCAACACCAGCUGAAGCUGUCAAAUGGGGGACGACUUUUGAAUCUUCUCCUCCACCGGCAGAGACGAAGACCUCCUCCUCUAACAGACUGAGCUCUCUUGAAAAAACACCAGUGGAAGCAAAUGGCCUGGCAUCAGGAUCAUCCAAUUCCUGUCCAGUGAAGAAAAGACUUCUCUCCUCCAGUGAUACAGGAGAGUCCUGCUCAGAGGAUGAGGGUCCAUCUACAUCAAAACGCAGUCGGCUGGCACUGUUGGCACCGGGGCUCGGAUUAGCAUCCUGUCGCAGCACUGAUGCCAAGGGUGCACCCUUCUGGAACCAUCUACUGCCCUCAGCAAGAGAGCACACCAAGACUGCUACAGACUGUUCACGAUCAGGGAGAAGGCUCAAAGUGGGGAGUCGACUCAAAUCUCGGCAGUUACGCAGUGGACGCCGAACAGACACCAGUCGCUCCUGUAGUUCAAUCUCCUCUUUAUCCUCCAUUAGCAGACCUCUUCUUGGCAACUUUGAGGAGUCGAUUCUGAAGGGUCGUUUUACUCCAUCUGGGCGGAUUGAGGGCUUCACAGCAGAGAUCGGGGCUAGCGGCUCCUAUUGCCCGCAGCUUAUGUCCCUAUUCCAGAGUUCCAAAUCUGGGAAAAUCUACUUGCACAAUGAUAUCCGGCUGCUAUUCUCCCGCAAGUCCAUCGAGGUGGACACUGGGAUUCCUUACGAGCUGAAAUCUUUCACCGAGGUGCCAAGAAACCCCAAAUACUCCCCCAGAGUCUGA